CUCUGCUGCUGAGGAGGACGAUGUGAGCGACAGGUCUGUCCUCCCGAGACGAUGCUCGCUGUGGUGGGCGCCGCGGCCGUGGUGCUGCUGGCCGGGGCGCCUUGGGUGCUGCCCUCAGCCGCAGGUGGAGAAAAUCUGAAGCCUCCUGAGAAUAUAGACGUCUACAUUAUAGAUGACAACUAUACCCUAAAGUGGAGCAGCCGCAGAGAGGCAAUGGACAAUGUGACGUUUUCAGCGGAAUAUCAAGUAGAAGAAGAGGUGAAGUGGAUAAAAGUCCCUGAAUGUCAGCAUAUUCCAAGGACCAAAUGCGAAUUCUCUUUACUGAGCGUAAGUGCUUAUGACAAUGUAAAGUUUCGUCUAAGAGCAGAGGAAGGGAUCAGCAUGUCUUCAUGGAAGGAGACCGAUCCAUUUAUUCCAAUCUACAGAGCUCACAUCAGCCCUCCAGGAGUACAUUUAGAAGCUGAAGAUAAAGCCAUAAUAGUCCACAUCUCUCCUCACGGACAAGUGGGGAGCAUGUGGGGACAGGAAAACUUCAAUUACACGAUACUAAUCUGGCAGAAGUCUUCCAGUGUUAAAAAUAUUACUAAACCUACAUAUUAUCCAGUAAAGAUAUCAAAACUCUUGCCAGAGACUACUUACUGUUUGGAAGUUGAAGCAAUACAUCAGUCAUUUGAGAAACACAGCAACUACAGUGCAGUGCAGUGUAUAAGGACCGCAGUGGCAAAUAAAUUGCCUGUGCCAGAAAAUCUAGAAGUGGAUGCCAAAGGCAAGAGCUAUGUUCUGAAAUGGGACUACGUAUCACCAAACAUGAGCUUCAGAGCACAGUGGAUCCCUGGCUAUUUAAAAAGUAGUUCUAGAAGCUAUACAGAUAAAUGGAAAACAAUACCUACCUGUAUAAAUGUCUCGACUACGCACUGUGUCUUUUCUCGAGAUACUGUCCACACAGGAACUUUCUUUCUCCGUGUACGAGCCUCAGAUGGAAAUAACACGUCCUUUUGGUCUGAAGAGAAAUAUAUUGCUUCUCAAAAUUACACUCCCCUUCCUCCUCCGGCCAUUGCUGUCACCCCCACAAGGGACACAUUGCUUGUUCGUGUUAGUGGCAACAAAUGUGAUGGACUCAUUUAUGAAAUCAUCUUUUGGGAAAACACUUCCAACACUGAGAGAAGAAUGGUGCAGAAGCACCCGGAGUUCACCCUUGGGAACCUGCAACCGCUGACUGUGUACUGUGUCCAGGUCAGAGUGCUCUGCACGGGCCUGCAGAAUAAGAUCGGCAAAUUCAGUGAUAAGCUGUGUAAGAAAACACAUCCAGGAAAUUCUUCCAGGAUCUGGAUUAUAAUUGCAUUUGUUGGUAUGGUUUUCUCUGUCAUGGCCCUUUAUGCUGGGAGGAGCCUCCAGAAAUACCUGCAUUAUGUGUUCUUCCCACCACUCAAGCCUCCCCUCAGUAUUGAUGAGUUUUUCUCUGAGCCACCUUCAAAAACCCUCCUACUUCUGACUGCUGAGGAGCAUACCGAAAGAUGCUUCAUCAUUGAAAACCCAGACACGGUUGCUGGAAAAGAACACCAUGCACCUGAGGAAGAUCUCAGGAAGUACAGUUCCCAGACCAGCCAGGACUCAGGGAACUAUUCUAAUGAAGAGGAAGAAAGUGUGGGGACUGAGAGUGGCCAAGCUGUGCUCUCUACAGCUCCCUGCGGGAGUCCGUGGAGCGUGGCUUGCCCUCCUGGCACCUUGGGAGAUGGGACCUGCUUCCUGGGAAAUGAAAAGCACCUUCAGACCCCAUCCUGAGGACACAGCCAGCUCUCCACUCCUGACACGGGCUUGCCACAGUCUGGAGCACAUGUGGAUGAGCAGAUUCAACUGAAGGUGGCUGCCAGUUUCUGCUAGCAGCUUACACCCCAGGGUGUUGUUUGGUGCCACAGAUGAGGCUCACUGGUGCACAGGCUGUCUGGUGGUUCCCUCUAGGUAUUCAUACUCCAGGAGACUCUUAGAGCAUUUAGCUUUUUAAUCCUGCCAUAGCCCCUCAGUAUUUCAAAGGUACUGUUGUCUACAAUAGUGCUUCCUAACCCAUAACUUACCCACAGCUGUGGCUUCCUACCAGAAGUCACUGAAACCAUGGAGAAGGGACACUAACUGGAGGAGCCGGCAUUUCAGAUUUCAGUGUGGCCUGGAUGUGCACAUUGCACUCUAGUACUGUGGAACUAGAAAAUGCCAGGGACAAAAAACAGAUGUGACAUCAUUCAGUAAGAGAGAAGCUAGUGAAUCUGAUGAUAAAAGAAGACUGUGUACAGUCAGUGUUUGUAUGACCGCCCUGUGUUAGUCUCUGUAGCCUUUCUGAGAUACUUUAUAAAGCCAGGCCGACCCUCUCUCCUCUGUCCAGCAGUA